GUUAUCGAGACUACGAGGUGUACACAAGCUCGGGCUGAACUCGCUUUGUAUGAUAACGACAAUGAUCUCGCUGCUGCUAUUGAUUACAUUCUGGAGCAUGGGUCAGAGAUAGAGUCGUGGACUGAACAGAAAAGCAAGAAGGAUAAGAAGAAGGAAGAGGAAGAGAAGCGACCUGUACGUGGCCAACCAUCUACGCGCGGUCGUGGUGGUUUCGUGGAUCGUGGUGGUCGUGGUCGUGGACGUGGUGACGGAAUUGCAUCUAGAGGAGCGUCUCGUGGUGGUUCAAUAAGUGGACGAGGGCGAGGAGCUGCCGCAAAUUCUGGUGGGUUCCGUCCAGUUCCAUCGAAAACGCCAGGUGAUGAAUCUGCGAUAAAGGCUGUCGAUACCGAAUCUGUUGAUGAAGUUGCGGACUGGAAAAGUGGACCGAUGGUGUUCCAUCGCUCAGAAGAUGGAGCUGCAGCAUCUAUACCGAGCUCAAACGUUACCGCACCUCCAUCGCAACCUUCAAAUGCUCCUCCAGCUCCUAUCUCAUUUGCCGCCGUCGCCGCAGCCGCUGCGAAGAAAGAUUUGAAACGUCAACAACCGCCUCAAGGGGCGAAUUCUGUUUCGACUACUGAGCAGCCUGCUCAGGCGCCUGCAGAAUUUCAUCACGAGGAACCUGUAACGAGUGCUACGCCGGCUACAGUUGAUCAACCCACGUCGAAAGAUGUGUUUUACAGGUUGGUUAAUGCUUCCAUCAUUGCCUAUGAAUUUUCUAAG